AUCCAAACACACACUCCUCUCAAUUCUUUGUUGGUACCUACGUACUAUGAUUCAAAUUCAAUGGCUUCUUCCUCCGCAACCACUCACUUCUAUCCACCACCACCACCACCACCACCACCGACGGAGUGUUGUAUUCUUCUCCCACCGACGGUCUCCACCACCUAAACACUCCUCCCCUGUUACCUUCUCCAAUGCUUCAAGAAAGUAUUUUGGGUUUCGAGCGUGUAAUUGUGUCAGCAGUGAGAGUAUUAGUGAAGAAUCAAAGGAGGUUGUUAAGGUUAGGCAAUAUCCAUUUCACGAAAUUGAGCCUCGGUGGCAGAAAUUUUGGGAUGCGAAUCGAACGUUCCGUACACCUGAUGAUGAUGAAAUUGACACCUCUAAACCUAAGUUUUACGUGCUUGAUAUGUUCCCUUAUCCAAGUGGAGCUGGUUUACAUGUUGGUCAUCCUCUUGGAUACACGGCCACCGACAUUCUUGCUAGAUUUAAACGGAUGCAAGGUUUCAAUGUUCUGCAUCCAAUGGGAUGGGAUGCAUUUGGGUUGCCUGCUGAGCAGUAUGCCAUUGAGACAGGUACUCACCCAAAGAUCACAACCAUAAGGAACAUUGACCGCUUCCGUACUCAGCUUAAAUCUCUAGGUUUCUCAUUUGAUUGGGAUCGUGAAAUUUCCACAACAGAACCAGACUAUUAUAAAUGGACGCAAUGGAUCUUUCUGCAGCUUCUGAAGAAAGGACUGGCAUAUCAGGCUGAGGUACCGGUCAACUGGUGUCCGGCACUUGGCACUGUGUUGGCAAAUGAAGAAGUAGUGGAUGGUGUGAGUGAGCGCGGUGGUCAUCCGGUUAUAAGAAAGCCGAUGCGGCAAUGGAUGCUCAAGAUAACUGCAUUUGCAGACCGCCUUCUUGAAGAUUUGGAUGAUCUUGAUUGGCCUGAGAGUAUUAAGGAAAUGCAGAGAAAUUGGAUAGGAAAAUCGGAAGGGGCAGAGGUGGAGUUUUGUGUUUUAAGUAGAGAUGGUCAAGAUACAGAUAAAAAAAUUAUUGUUUAUACGACAAGGCCAGAUACCAUAUUUGGAGUAACUUAUCUGGUUCUAGCACCAGAGCAUUCGUUGUUGUUGUCUGUGGUAUCCGAGACCCAACAAAAUAUCGUGGAAGAAUACAAAGAGGUUGCAUCUAGAAAGAGUGAUCUUGAGCGAACAGAGCUUCAGAAGGAAAAGUCUGGAGUCUUUAGUGGCUGUUAUGCUAGAAAUCCAGUAAAUGGGGAAGCUAUCCCAAUAUGGGUUGCUGAUUAUGUUUUAGGGAGCUAUGGCACCGGGGCAAUAAUGGCUGUCCCUGCUCAUGAUACACGUGACCAUGAGUUUGCGUUAAAGUAUAAUAUCCCGAUACACUGGGUGGUAACUUCAGAUGAACGCUCUGAUGAUUUUGAAAAGCCUUAUGCUGGAGAAGGUGACGUGAUAAAUUCAUCAAGUUCUACAUCAGGGCUCAACAUCAAUGGAUUACGUAGUAAAGAAGCUGCUGCUAAAGUCAUCGAAUGGGUCGAGAGGACUGGAAACGGGAAUAGAAAGGUGAAUUACAAGCUGAGAGACUGGCUUUUUGCUAGGCAACGUUAUUGGGGAGAACCAAUUCCUGUUGUAUUCUUGGAUGAUAACGGUGAAAUUGUUCCGAUUCCUGAAACUGAACUUCCACUUACCCUUCCUGAGCUUGAUGAUUUCACUCCAACUGGUACAGGGGAUCCCCCACUUUCAAAAGCGGUGUCUUGGGUUAAGACUGUAGAAUCUUCUUCUGGAAAGCCAUCUAGGCGUGAAACUAACACUAUGCCGCAAUGGGCUGGUUCUUGCUGGUACUAUUUAAGAUUUAUGGAUCCUAAAAAUUCAACGCAGUUGGUUGACAAGAAAAAAGAAAACAUUUUUAUUGUGGGAAACUGCAGGUACUGGAGUCCAGUUGAUGUCUAUGUUGGUGGUGCUGAACAUGCUGUUCUUCACUUGCUCUACUCAAGGUUUUGGCACAAGGUUCUCUAUGAUAUUGGAGUUGUGUCGACAAAAGAGCCGUUUAAAUGUGUCAUAAACCAAGGGAUCAUCCUCGGAGAAGUACAAUACAUGGCUUGCAAAGAUCAAAAUGGGAAUUUUGUGUCUGCAGAUUCUGUUGAUGUACUAGGGGAGUAUAAGCAAGAAAGGAUACCGGAGGAAGAAGUUACAAAAUCCGGUAGUUCAUUCGUAUUGAAAGAUAAUCCUAGUAUCCGGUUGAUUGCUCGGGCACACAAGAUGAGUAAAAGUAGGGGAAACGUCAUUAAUCCUGACGAUGUUGUAUCGGAGUACGGUGCAGACUCUCUUAGACUGUACGAAAUGUUCAUGGGCCCAUUAAGGGACUCAAAAACAUGGAAUACUAGUGGCAUUGAAGGCGUAUAUCGAUUUUUAGGGAGAUCUUGGAGAUUAAUUGUUGGUUCACCGUUAUCUGAUGGAACAUAUGGGAAUCAAACAGUGGCAGUUGAUGAAAACCCGUCUCUAGAACAACUUAAAUCCUUACAUAGAUGUAUUGAGAAGGUGACUGAUGAAAUUGAAGCAACACGAUUCAAUACGGGUAUUUCUGCGAUGAUGGAGUUUGUUAACAUUGCAUAUAAGUGGGAGAAACUUCCAAAAUCAAUUGUCGAACCGUUCGUAUUGUUGCUAUCUCCAUAUGCACCACACAUGGCCGAAGAGCUCUGGUUUCGCUUAGGACACUCGACUACUUUGGCAUACGAGCCUUUCCCAAAGGCUAACCCUGCGUACUUAAAAGACACGACCGUAACACUACCAGUUCAGAUCAAUGGCAGAACACGAGGCACCAUACAAGUUGAAGUAACGUGCACCGAAGAUGAUGCUUUCAAACUGGCGUCACUUGACGAGAAACUGUCGAAAUAUCUCGAUGGAAAAACCGUCAAGAAACGAAUUUACGUUUCUGGGAAGAUUUUGAACGUAAUUUUGGAGCGCGAAAGCACCAAAGUGGUUUCCCGAUAACGAUGUUCAGUAGUCUUGCAUUUCAUUUUUUUAUGAUUCAAGAAUGAAUGUCACCAAAGUCGUUUCUUGAUGAGGGUUUUUGUUGCAUGUCGGUUCUGAUAUUUUAGAGGCCUUGUACGAAAAUUUAAACACGUGUAUAAUUUGUUUUCCCCGACAUAUUAUUAAUAAAACUG